CGCUUCCGGAGGCGGUGUCCGGCUGGGCCGGCGCACGUGCGCGGUGGGGGCGGGACUUCCUGAGCCCGCGGGACUCUGGGAAGGGGCGCGGGCUAGGACCCGGCCAGGGCACCUGGGCUCCCGCUUGCCGGGAAUGUUGUGGGGACACUGGCUUGGUUUGGAAUCCUCCAUUAAACCCACUGUGCCUGCCGCACGGCCUGGCUGUAGCGACGAAUGCCCAAGGCCCAGCCCCGCGCCCAGGGGGCGGAGAGAGGUAGACGCAGCUAUCGUCGGGGAGAAGUGCUGCCUGGAAACCCUGUGCUCGCUCAGCCAGCCAGCAGCCCCGUUCCCCCUGCCGUCUGUUUCCUGAUCUUUUAGGAAGGCGCUGGGGCACUCUGUAUUUAUACUGCAGUCUUUCUGGCCUCCAGUGCCUCAUCUGUAAAACGGGACCUUUGUGUUGCAGCCAUAAUUAGAGAAUGCUGUCUUGUUACACUGUCACUGAAGAGCCAAACCUUAGAUGCAGAAACAGAUGUGCUAUGCGCAGUCCUUUACAGCAAUCACAACAGAAUGGGCCGCCACAAGCCCCACUUAGCCCUCAAACAGGUUGAACAAUGUUUAAAACGUUUGAAAAACAUGGAUUUGGAGGGUUCAAUUCAACAUCUGUCUGAGUUGUUUUCUUCCAAUGAAAACCAGCCUGUAACUACCAAAGCAUGUGUCAUUCCCAGCCAACCGGUGGUUGAGCUGGUGCUCAUGAAGAUUUUGGGAGCCUGCAAGUUGUUACUUCGCUUCUUGGACUGUUGCUGCAAGACAUUUCUCUUGACUGUGAAACACCUUGGCUUACAAGAAUUCAUUAUUUUAAACCUUGUGAUGGUUGGGCUGGUGAGCAGGUUAUGGGUUCUCUAUAAAGGUGUUUUGAAAAGGCUGACUUCUUUAUAUGAGCCAUUGUUCAGAUUGCUUCAAGAGGUCUCUAGGAUUCAACCACUGCCUUACUUCAAAGAUUUUACUUUUCCCUCUGAUAUUGCUGAAUUUUUAGGACAGCCCUAUUUUGAGGUUUUUAAGAAAAAAGUGCCUACAGCUUUUGCAGCUAAAGGAGUAACUAAAUUGUUAAAUAAACUGUUUUUAACAAAAGAGCAAUCACCAAGGUCUAGCAAAGAAACUGUACUCAGAAUUUCCAAAAAAGCUAAACAAAUGAGGAUCAAUACACAGAAUAAUGUGGAUCUUGGACAGCCAGUACAGAAUAAGAGAAUCUUCAAAGAAAAGUCAUCAGAAUUUGAUGUGAGAGCUUUCUGCAAACAGCUGAAACACAAAGCUAUUCAGGAGACCAAAUUUAAAUGUUCUCAGUCCAAAGUAAAGGGAACCAAACGUUCUUCUCAGAAAGCAACAGGAACUCCCUGUGCCAAAAGUUUUGUGCAAAGAUUUCGAGAGGCUGAGAGUUUCACUCAACUUUCUGAAGAAAUUCAAACAGCAAUUUUGUGGUGCAGGAGCAAAAAACUCAAGGCUCAGGCCUCCUUUCUGGGUAACAAACUUCUUAAAAGUAACCGGCUUAAACAUGUGGAAGCUCAAGGCUAUAGUUUGCCGAAGAAACUAGAAUGCAUAAAAACAUCUAUUUGCAACUGCCUUCUUCGUGGCUCAGGAAUCAAAACCUCAAAGCAUCAUGUGAGCCGAAGAAGAUCUCAGAAUAGAUUUUUACUGGAACAGAGGAAACUACAGAGAAAGUUGCAGUUGACUCUUUCAGAGGCAAUUCAGCCAUCCCCUCAAGGGACUCAGAAUGCUACAGAUAGUAGUAAAUGGAGACUCUCGCACUGUACAGUUCAUAGAACUGAUCUCUACCCUAACAGUAAUCACUUCUUGAGUAGCAGAGUUUCAAAUCCUGUCAUACAAACUAAAGAGAAACAAAUUCAUGAAAACCUUACAGGAAGCAAGGAAAAUGAAACUGAUUCAUGGACAGUGAUGCAAAUGAACAAACAUAAUACAUCAGGAACCAUUAAGGAGACAGAUGACAUUGAUGAUAUUUUUGCUCAAAUGGGAGUUUAGAUGCUCAUUUGUGAGACAUUUAAGUGCUUAACAAACUGGUCCAGUGUCCUGCUGUUUUACAUGGAACUGCUGAAAAAAAAUCUGGAAAGAGUUGGAAGUACCACUUGGACUCAGAUGAGCUACCUUAGUGUAACAUUGUACGGCAGUUCAUUUCAGUUCAAUAAACAUUUAUAGUAGCUCUGUGUCAUUUAACUGACAAGUAUUUGAAUAUUAAAUAGUCAGAUUUUGAGUUUGACUUUGUACCAGGUGUUAAGAUGAAAAAAAUAUACCAUAUCCUGUCCUUGAAAAGCAGAUAUAAUUCCUUGAUUAAAGCUGUAAAACAGCUGUCCCUGAAAAACAGAAUAAUUUUAUGAUUUACCAGGGAAUUAAGAACUGAGUAAUUAGGUUUAUAAAAACCUACUGUGUCUUAGGGUAUCUGGGGAGUCAGGUGGGGUUGGAAGUAUCAAGGAGUGCUUAAAAGGUCACUUUGGUCUUAACUGGCUCCAUUGUAGAUAAGCUCAUCUCCAAAAACCAAUAUUUGUAGCUUCUCCUGGUUGUGCUGUCUUGAUUAUAAAUUAGAAUUGAUCAUCACAAGGAUCUAAAAAGUUUUGCCACUAACUGUAUUCUCAGGGACUGGUCACUACCAUAUUUCACUUCAUUUACCUUAUCUCACAGGAGGGCAUAUUAAAAUGCUUUUGGAGUUCUCCAAAAGCUUUUGGGUUUUUUUCUGGUUUACUUAUUUGGGUGCUAGUGACUGAUUCCAAAUAAACUUUUUUUCCAGAAAGGAUGUAAGGUGACAUGUGGUUAUACAUGAUAUACAAACAGGAUAACAAAGUAGAAGUAGAUAAAGUUAAAUAAAAAAAUACAGCUUAGUUGAUACAAAAUAGACCCAGGAGGCCACACAUUAAAUCUAUUAUUUAAUGCUGAUGCUGUCAUCUGGUAUUUUUAUAUUGUUUGUACCAUUGCUCAGAGGGUAAAUCUUACAUAUUUUCAAAUAUUCUAGUUUACUAGAAUUAGGUCAGUAAGCUUCUAUUUGUUAAGAAGGUUGUAGCCUUAAGUUUUAUGUUAUAUGUAGAUAUAUAGAAAAAUAAAACAGUGCCCCAGUAUAUACCGCACCCUUGUUUUCCUUGGCCAUCCUUAAUCUGUUUCCGUUCCAUUCUUUAUCUGGCCUUGUUCUUUCUGAGAUAAUGACCUGAGCUGAAAUCAAGAGUUGCAUGAUUUUCCCACUUAUCUAUACUGGUGGUUCUGAUACCUUAGGCUGUUUUGAGAAUCACUUGGUGGGUUGUUUAAAAUGCAGAUUACCUUCUGAAGAGACUGAUAAACACAGCCAGGGCAUGGCUUCCUUCUUUCUGAAACCUUGCUAAACAUUCUGAUUUACUUCAAAGUCCUUAAUAAAUAGCCUGGGUGGCUCAGUUGGUUAAGCAUGCAAUUCUUGAUUUCAGCUCAGGUCAUUAUCUCAGGGUUGUGAGAUUGAGCCCCACAGUGGGUUCCGAGCUGAAUGUGGAAACUGCUUAAGGUUCUCUUUUUUUCCCUCUCCCUCUGCGCCCCCUCCCCCCUGCCAAAAAAGAAAAUAAAAACUGUUAGUGUCAUCAUCGUGAAUACCAAUUUUACUGCUCUGGUAGCAUUAAAACACUCAGGUCAUUCAUAAGAGCACUGUGGUGAGACCUCCCAUGCCAAAUCCUCUUGGCCUUAGUUCAGCCACACCUGUAGCAACCAGUUUCCAAUAGGAGUGGACAACUGCACUUUGCCUCCUGUUCCAAAGACCUCUCUCUUCCUGCUCCUUCUGACAAGUUGCAGGAACUGCUUGGCACUUAGGCAUGCACAAGCUGGGAGAAGUGUGGAGCCACCUUCUCCCUACUUCAAAGACAACUCAGAGGCACAUUUCCUAAGGCUCCCCAGAAGGUCCCUCAAGAUCAAGACUAGUACCUAUGUGAUGUCCAACUCCUGCAUCCUUGAUUGACUUUCCUUUCUUCUGUUUCCUUUCUCCAUCACUCCUGUACCCUGGGAUCACUUCCCAAAUAAACGACUGCAUGCAAACUUCUGUUUUGUGCUCUGCUCUGAGAAGAACCACGGCUAAGACAAGCAGUAAAGUACCACUGGCAAGCAAAAUGAUGACUUCUAAGAUUAGUCUAUUGUAACCAUAUAUUUUACUUUGUGAAUACCUACAUAAAGUUUUUUGUUUCUUUUUUAAAACACUGCUGGUUAGCAGUGCAAGACCAAGGCUAUCAACUAUAAAGCUGGAAACAUAAACAUAAUCGAAUUCCCUAAAAAAGCCACAAACUUGUUUUACAGCCUUAAGUUUUUAUCCAGGGCUACUGCUAUAAUUUUUUAGUAUUCAGCCUCACUUUGAAAAGCUAAGCCACUUACAUGAAUAGGUCAGUAGCAUCUUCAUAAAAAUCUUUUCUGUUAACUUUAGGUCAAAGUAAGGCUUUAUCUUUCCAUUCUGAAUCUUAUUGUACAAUUCUAAACUGGUCCAUCAACUUUUUCUGCUUUUUGCAAAUAUCAGUGUUCUCACUUAAAACUAGUUCUUGGUUUUUGUCUUUCACUAGAGAAAAUGUUACCACCUCUAUGACAAGAGGUUUUCUGUGAUAAAUCUGAAUUUUGCUGUAUUCUUGGUUGGUUUCACUUUACAAAUAUAUAGAGUAUACAGAUAUCUUUUACACAUACAAUACUAUUUUAACUUCUAUAAGCUUUGUGAGUUAUAAAUGAAGGGCAGAGAAAUCAAGUAAUUUGCCCAAGACCCAAUAUAAUAAAUAUUAGAACUGGAACUUAAAUUCUGGUCUUCUGAUUCUAAAUCCUGUGUUCACUUGAAGGUGAAUGAUCCCAGUCUGAAAUGACUGAUGUUUCCAGCAUGGACUGACUGAACUUUUAUCAAGAAUAUUUUUUUUUUAUAUUCAAAUAAGGACUCAGAAAAAAAGAUAAAUUAUAGGCAUAGAGAGAAGCAUUUAUCUUCCAUCUACCUAUAAAUGCUUAACAGAAAAGUAGCCCCUUUCUUUACCUAGUCCAUUUUAAUCCUUAAAUAUACAUAAUAGACAUUGUCUUUAAAAGACAAAA